AUGAAUCAUUACUGUUUUAUAGACUCAGCAAGAAGAAUUGUGGUCCUGGGAAAAACUGGAGCUGGAAAGAGUCUUACCAACAUCCUGCGUGGAGAGCCUGCAUUUAAUAUAAAUCAUUACGCCUCAUCUGGAAGAAGGGAAUGCCAGUCAAAGAUUAUAUCUAUCAGUGGAAAAACCAUAUUAUUUAUUGACACUCCUGGAUUUUUUGACACAGACAGAUCUGAGCAGGACAUGAAGUCUGAAAUAGUGAGGUGUAUCACAGAAUGUGCUCCUGGUCCUCAUGCUUUUCUCAUUGUGCUUAAAAUGGAGAAAUACACAGAGCAUGAAAAGGGUGUGAUAGACAAAAUGAACCAGUGUUUCUCAGAUGAAGCGCUCAGAUUUGCCACAGUACUCUUUAGUCAUGGUGACCAGUUUCCUGAGGGAAUGAAGAUCGAAGAGUUUGUUAAACAAAACAACGAUCUGAGGGAUCUGAUCAAGAAGUGUGGGAAUCGCUGCCACGUCAUUGAUAACAAAUACUGGAAGAGCAACCAGGGAGAUGAAUACAGGACCAAGCAAUACCAGCUGACAGAAUUACUCAAAAAGAUUAACACGAUUAUUGAUGCAAACAGAGGAGGCUACUUCACCAAUGAGAUGCUGCAAGGAGUGACGAGAGAUAUUCAACAAGAGGAAGCCUGCAUCAAACGAUCUUUUCCAGAUAUUACAGAAGAAGAAACUGCAACAAAGUGGCGGUUUUUCAUAUGGGCGACAUGGGCCAUUGCCCAGGGCAGCAUCGUGGUGCGGGUGGCAUCAUGGGCAUGGGCAUGGGCAUGGGCAAAAAAAGUUGCUUGCACCCAUGCUGCCCCGACAUCAUGCCAGCGCAUUUUGGGGAUUGCAUAG